CGAGCUGGUAAACCACGCGAGAGUUGCUUUGUUGCUCUGCCACGUCUGUGUUGUGCCGCAAAAAGCAAAGUGAGCUGACAGAAAGACUAGGAAACAAUAAACAGACUAAACAUCACUGAGCCCAGAUUACCAAAGAGGAGACGAGGACGUGUUGACAUCGCGACGGAAGCAGGACGAACUUGGAAAAUGUCUGGCGCUACCUCUCGCAAGACUAGGAGCCUGUGUUUGGCCAUGCUGGUGAUGUGCACUGUGAUGGUGCAGCUGACAUGUGCUCACGAGCACGGGCACGCUCACUCCCACGGGGGCCACGGGCACGCUCACUCCCACGGGGGCCACGAGCACGCUCACUCCCACGGGGGCCACAAGCACGGCCACGCUCACUCCCAUGGCGGCCACGAGCAUGGCCACGCUCACUCCCAUGGGGGCCACGGGCACGACUGUGGUCACGCGCACCACGGAGGGGCCAGCAAGUGGAGCGCGGAGGCCAAUCUGCCGCUGUAUGAGGAGGCAGAGGGAGCCUCGCACCACGGCCACUCGCACGGAGCCACGAGCCAGGAGGAGCACAUCAGUGCAGCGCCAAUGAGGGAGAAAACAAACACCUUCGAACUGUGGACACAGGCUGUGGGCGCGACCCUGCUGAUCAGUGCGGCCCCCUUCCUCAUCCUCUUCCUCAUCCCAGUGGAGUCCAACACCUCCCAGCACCAGAGCCUGCUCAAAGUGCUGCUGAGCUUCGCCUCCGGGGGGUUGCUGGGGGACGCCUUCCUGCACCUCAUCCCCCAUGCACUGCAGCCUCACUCUCACCAUGAGGAGGAAGGACACGCCCCCUCGCACACAGAGUCACAUGGCCACGGCCACUCCCACUCAGGUGGUGAUCACGCUCACUUGAUGUCGGUGGGUCUGUGGGUGCUCGCUGGCAUCGUGGCUUUCCUGGUGGUUGAGAAGUUUGUGAGACACAUCAAGGGGGGCCACUCCCACUCCCACUCACACGCACAUGAGGCUCCCCCAAAAGUGGAGGAGAAACAGGGGAGCGGUGACGAGAAGGAGGGAUUGAGACAGAGGAAGAAAGCGUGUGCGGAAGAGAAGGAGACAGUCUCAAAGACAGUUGAGAGGAAAUCGGAUAUCAAGGUUUCGGGGUACCUGAACCUGGCCGCUGAUUUCACUCACAACUUCACGGAUGGACUGGCGAUCGGCGCCUCGUUUCUCGUGAGCCCCGCGGUAGGCGCGGUUACCACGGUGACCAUCCUGCUGCACGAGGUUCCGCACGAGAUCGGAGACUUCGCCAUCCUGGUGCAGAGCGGCUGCAGCAAGAGGAAGGCGAUGUCUCUCCAGCUCUUGACAGCAGUGGGCGCUGUGACGGGGACGGUCUGCUCUCUGCUGGCGGAGGGUGUGGGGGAGGCGGCCACGGCGUGGAUCCUGCCGUUCACCGCGGGGGGGUUCAUCUACAUCGCCACCGUCUCCGUCAUCCCAGAGCUGCUGCACGACUCCAAACCAGUGCAGUCCUUACUGGAGAUACUGGCCUUGCUCUUCGGAGUGGCCAUGAUGGUCCUCAUCGCAGAGUACGAGUGAGAGCGCCACCUAGCGCACGGGACGAAGCGGUGCAACACAGGACCAAAUCAGAAGGGGAACGCUUUGUUCUGAGUGGCAUAAGCAAGUAUUUAGUUGCUACGCAAUUGCACAGGUGUGGUUCGUUUCCAUGUUAACAGACCAUCAAUAGAAAUGCCAUUGGACUGCUUGUGUGUGUUACACUAUUACACUGCUAUUGCAAUGCUGAGCUCACAUUCCUCAUGGAUGUUGAGCUGUGUUUAUUAUUUUGCACAUAUGAAACAGCUUUGUAAACCAAGCUUAUUGUAGUUUUGGAAUCAUGCUGUUAUUGUGUCAUUUGCACUUGGUUACAUUCCCCAAUGGCAUGUCUAUUGACUCUGCAUUAACAGGGAACUGAGCUUCAAUAUGAGGGUCAAUACUUAUCAAUUAAAUAAAGCCUUACCAGAUAUUACACUCGUGUAAUUGAGCUUCAAUAUGAGGGUCAAUGCUUAUCAAUUAAAUAAAGUCUUACCAGAUAUUACACUCGUAUAAUUGAGCUUCAAUAUGAGGGUCAAUGCUUUUCAGUUUCUUAUUUAUGCCACUCAAAGAAAGUGCUGCCAUCUGAAGC